AUUUCGGCGGGGGUCGCCUUACUGACGGAACGUUUAGUUUACAAGGUAUCUCGAGAAACCGAGAGACAUACUGAUAAGGUAAAACAAAAGGAAGGACCGCAGAAGAUGAAGCAGCUUAUUGCCGCCAUUGUGCUGCUUGCCUUGACGAAGGACAGCUAUGGACUAACGCCGUCCCUUUGUUCACUUGCAGUGACCAGUCGAAUGUCGUCCUGGUUGUUGACCGAUCCCAAAGCGUUGCUGGCUCAUUCGGUGCCAUUCAGGCUUCUGUCAACAACUUCAUCACGGAAAUCUUCAACAACAACCUCAACAUCAACGUCGGCUUGGUGUACUACGACAGUUUUGUCGUGCAGCAACAGCCAUUGAGUCGCGACCGCAACGCACUUCUGUCCUUCGUGGCUAUCCAGAGUGCGGGCACCUCGGGAACCCGGACCGACCUCGCCAUCCAGGAAGCCAUCAACAUGCUCCAAACGUCCCCUUUACCAGCAACGUCGGGCAGCAUCAUUGUCGUCACUGACGGCAUCUCCCAACUACCCACACAGACAGCUGCAGUCGCAGCAGCGGCUAGGGACGCGACAUACACCUUGUUUGCUGUCGGAAUCAACGUUAACGACAACAACUUCGCACAAGAACUGUACGACAUCACCCGUGACCAGUCUCAGAUCACACAGGUAGCUGGCGUCAACCAGUUGUCCACAGGGCUGGGCAACAUAGCAAGGUCACUGUGUGCCUACACAGUGUGCAACGGGUGCGCCGUUGACGGAGGUACCCGCAUCACAGAGCACCCCGGACGGUGUGACAAGUUUUACCUGUGUGAGAGGAGACCGGAUGAACAAAUGAAGGCAUAUGAAAAAGUGUGUCCGAUAGGAAGCCUCUUCCAUCGUAGAGAACGCACCUGCAAACCCAGCAGGUCUAUCCUGAGGGACCCGAACAGUGGAUGUACCAACUGCGCCGGUGCUCAACAGAACUUCCCCUUGGGAGACUUUUGUGAAAUCUACUACACCUGCGGUGUCAUCGACGGUGAAGCCAUCUUGAACGUCAACUGCUGCCCGACAUUUCAACGUUACGACAGCAACCUCGGCGUGUGUACGCCAGACAAUACCUGCCAACGACGACGGUACGAGGACAAGGUUUCAUGUCGGAGUUACUAUUCAUGUGAUGGACCAUCCACCACAUUCGUCUCCACCUGCUGCAACAGCGACUACUACGAUCCAAGCAGUCAACAGUGCACCGGCGACACCAACUGCAAGGGGACGUGUGCGAACUCCGUCUACCACCGCUGCGGUGAGCUUCAACCGAAUACUGCUAACAACUGCACGUUUUUUAUGCUGUCCGGCACCAGCCUGAUCCAGAUGGACUGUCCCGGUGGAACUUCCUUCAGCGACACUGAAUGUAGAUGUGUGCUUGACUCCACCUGUGGAACUCCUUCCACACCCUGUGUACCUGAUGUGGUCAUCACCGUCACGCCGUCGCAGAACAGCCGCUGGGGAUUCAGUGAAACUAGUCCCAAGCAAAACUGGAUAGACGUGAAAAACGUGGAAUACGUUGAAAACAACGGCAGAACCAUUCGACUGGCCGGGCGAGAUAACUUUUUAUCUGUUCCAUAUUAUGCAAAUAACGACCAGGCAUUGGUGGAAAACACGGUGUUCUUCCGGGUCAACGUAAAGGAUGACCUCAUUGGCCUUUCCGGGAAUACUCAGGAAAUGGUCGUCCUUAGCAACGUGCCAUGUCCUGGAAACAAGAGUGAAGCUGGCAUUGAGCCGUCGGUGUACAUAACCAUGAUGCCAGCUACCGGGCAGGUCACAUUUAGAGUUCGAACAGUAACUGGAGAGGCAACUGUCAACGUCAAUUACGCCCCGACUAACUCGGACGACUGGAAAGAGAUCACAAUGAGGUACACACAAUCCCCCGGGCUGCUGGAGGGACGCGUCAUCCUGUACAGCUUGGACGCCAGCGGCAACCGCAUCUUCAAUGGACAGGAGUUUUCCGGGACAAGUUCAACUGCAUCUGGUCGCAUCCUGACAAGUGACUGCGCCAUGAAGCUGGGCAGUGGAUCGUACACUGUCAACUCAUUCGCUGGGCUGGUUGAUAAUGUUGCGUUCUACACGUCGUGUGAGUCUGGUGUUCCUGCCGUCAACGCUGUCAACAUCCCGGUGUAACGGUGUUCUGUCAAAGGUCACGUCCUCAUAGAUUGGGACGUCAUGAAAAGAGCGCUGCGUCCUCUCAUCCUAUAGUUUCUCUUACGAUCUCGGUCUUUUUUCUAAAAACAAUUUGUAAUUGUGAAUGAUGUAUCUUCUACGUACAUGUUGUCUUGCUGGGCCCUUGUUGUUGUUGUGAUACCCCACUGUCUAGAUGCACCGGGAAAUAAAUAACACUUUUUAUGUCGUGA